AUGCUGUCGCGAAUCCUCGGUGCUUUGUCUCUCCUUCUGGCCGCGUCGCGCGUGGCAGCCGACGCAUCUUCCUACCAUAUCAAUGCUAUCUGUACUUGCGACCAGCUCAUGCGCUGGUACAACUGGACCUCCGGCGUGUGGCAAGACUACUGGUGGGAAUCGGCCAACAUGAUGUCCGGGCUGGCCAGUCUCUCGAUGCUCGACUCCAACUACAACGGCACCUAUUUCGACGUCUACGCCAACACCUUCCUUGUCGCCGGCCACACCUUCGGCUACCAGAACUUCCAGGACGAGUACUACGACGACGAGGGCUGGUGGGCCAAUGCCUGGCUGGACGUCUACGACCUCUGCCAGAACCCCUCCUACCUGGAAAUGGCCAUCAGCCUCUUCAACGACAUCCACGCCAGCUGGCCGACUGUCUGCGGCGGCGGCGUCUACUGGCGCAAGUCAAGAGACUACAUUGCCUCGAUUGCCAAUGAAUUAUACAUCCACCUCGCGGCCGGCCUGGCCAACCGCGUGCCCUCAGACCAGAAGCAGACCUACCUCGACGCUGCCACCGCCGGCUGGGACUGGUUCUGGAACUCGGGCGUCGUCACGUCGGACUACUUCAUCGUCGACGGCGUCAACCAAACCACCUGCCAGCCGACGGGCUCCAUCUACACGUACAACCAGGGCGUGAUUCUCGGCGCCGCCGUCGAGCUGUACAAGGCGACCGGCAACAGCACGUACCUGGACCUGGCGGGCAAGAUCGCGGACGCGGUGACGACGCCCAACUCGACGCUGACCAGCGCGAGCGGCAUCCUGGAGGACGGCUGCGACCGGCAGGACGACUGCAGCGGCGACGGCGAGCAGUUCAAGGGCCCGUUCAUCAAGAACCUGGGCAAGCUGCAGCUGGUGCGCAACUCGGACCAGUGGCUCAACUUCAUCACCACCAAUGCGCAGUCCAUCUGGAACCACGACCUCAACAUCACCAACAACGCCUGCUUCGUCGGCGACUACUGGGCCGGGCCCUACGAGCCGGCGGACGCGAGCUCGCAGAGCGUUGGCCUUGAUGCGCUGGUUGCGGCGUACGCGGUGACCAAGUAG